AUGGAACUUUACAUCCAGAACACCACUAUAGAAUACAAAAAACUUAUUGUCAAUCUUGACAGAUUUAGUGGCUUAUUAUGUUUGUGCAAGCAGUUAAGAGAACAGGUUAUGCCACUUGUUGAUGCUUGGGGGCUGCCUGACUUUGUUAUUAAAGCUCCAUCAGGAAGAUAUGAUGGUGAUAUUUAUACUGCAUACUUUGAUGUAGUUAGAUCUGCACCUAAUUGUAUUGGUGUACAAAAUAUUGGCUGA